CGGUAUUCCGUUAGCUGGCAGGUCCGGUGUUCAGCAGAGCGAGGGUUUCAGCCGGUUCACGUGCCAGGUCCGCGCGGCGCCGGCCUCCUCGCCGUCCCCCGGCCCCCGAACGUGGCCUCAAUGGCGGCCCGCCCCUCCUUCCUCCGCACCGUGGGCAUCCGCGCCUCGCCGAGGCCGCCCAGGUGUCUGCGCGGGCUUCCAGAGCCCGGGUCCAGCCAUUCGCCGCCGAGGCCUGCGCCUCUUUUCUGCCCUAAGGAACUUGUCCCGACAGUCUCUCGCUCCCGGUACUGACGUCUCUGAUGUUUGGGGUCGCCUGCUUUCUUGGGGGACCUGUUACGAUCCCGUGGGGUGGGGUCUCCGGGCGGCAGCACCUCCUGGGACGCCGAGUCCUUCACCCUCGUCCGCAUUCGGCCGCCCGGUCUGUCCUCGGAGGCCGGUUCGGGGACCGUCAGCGUCCGUGUCAACGUUCCGCGGAGACGCUGCGUCUGCGGCCCGACCCCGUCGGCAGGGGGCUCUGCUCGGGGCCCUCGAAGCUCCUGGGACGGCGCCGGCCGUGGAAGGGCGCCCCGGGGAACAGGCAGGACAGUCCUGAGAAGGUUGGGGUGCUCGGCGUGAGAACAAGCAGAGGGAGCCCGAGCACGAUCUCCGUGCGCCCAGCGCCGCGCAGCUCCUGAGGAUCUUGCUUGUCCGAACCCAGAAGACAGUGCACGAAGCCGGGGGAGAUCGCCAUGCUCCAAACAACUUGGCCUCAGAGACUGAGCAGAAACCUGUGGUUUCAGGAGUCAGUGGCCUUUGAGGACGUGGCUGUGUACUUCACCCAGAACCAAUGGACCAGCCUCGACCCUGCGCAGAGGGCCCUGUACAGGGAGGUGAUGCUGGAGAAUUAUGCCAAUGUGGCUUCCCUGGUCGCGUUUCCAUUCCCCAAACCUGCUCUGAUCUCCCACCUGGAGAAUGGGGAAGCACCAUGGGGACCAGAUCCCUGGGAUGCCGAGAUUCCGAGCGGCAUCAGUCAGGGUGGUGAGUCCUGCAUCAAAAAUGAAGGGCCAGUUAUAAAGCAGGAAGCCUCUGAAGAAACAGAGUUGCACAGAAUGCCAGUGGGAGGACUUCUCAGGAACGUUUCUCAGCACUUUGAUUUUAAAAGUAAGGCCAUGAAGCAGACUUUCAGUCUAAAUCCAAAUCUGAUACUUCGAGGUGGAAUGAAGUUCUAUGAAUGUAAAGAGUGUGGGAAAAUCUUCCGAUACAACUCAAAGCUUAUUCGACAUCAGAUGAGUCAUACUGGGGAAAAGCCCUUUAAGUGUAAGGAAUGUGGCAAAGCUUUUAAGUCCAGCUACGACUGUAUUGUACAUGAGAAAAACCACAUUGGAGAAGGGCCCUAUGAAUGUAAGGAGUGCGGCAAAGGUUUGAGUUCCAGCACAGCGUUGACUCAGCAUCAGAGGAUCCACACUGGAGAGAAACCCUAUGAAUGUAAAGAGUGUGGAAAGGCCUUCAGGAGGAGCGCGGCGUACCUUCAGCAUCAGAGAUUACACACGGGGGAGAAACUCUAUAAAUGUAAGGAAUGCUGGAAAGCUUUUGGUUGUAGGUCACUUUUUAUUGUCCAUCAGAGAAUUCAUACUGGGGAGAAACCUUACCAAUGUAAGGAGUGUGGCAAAGCCUUCACUCAGAAAAUAGCCUCCAUUCAGCAUCAGAGAGUGCACACUGGGGAGAAGCCUUAUGAAUGUAAGAUGUGUGGGAAAGCCUUCAAAUGGUAUGGAAGUUUUGUUCAGCAUCAGAAAUUGCACCCUGUAGAGAAGAAGCCGGUCAAGGUUCUCAGGCCAUCCCUGGUCGGGCCCCAGUGCCCCUCUUCGGCCUUACCUCCUGCUCUUCUCCAGGGCUCCCACGCUGCUCCAGCCGUGGCUGUGCCUUCGCUGACCUUCCCACAUGCUGUGCUCCUUCCUCCCUCUGGGAAUUUGUUCAUGCUGCUGCCUACAUCUGGAAUACCUUCUUCAUCUGCCCAAAUAGUACGUGUCUUCCCGGGUCUCACUCCCACUGUGAAACCCCCCCCAGUUGUUCUCAGCCCCUCUUCUCACUCCUUAUGAGCUUUACCUUGGCAGCCUUAUGGCUCUUAGCCUAGCAAAUCUCCAUCCUAAUUUUAUUUUGUUUUUGAGACAGGGUCUCGCUCUGUCUCC